AUGUCUCAGAUUUAUCACAAGGUCAGAGAUGCGGUGACGAAAGAUUCGAGCAAAAAUCGCACUGACAAUAGCUCGAAUACUGGCAACGGAUCCAACAAGAGUACCAACGUCGGUGACUAUGGUUCUCAGCGCGGCGCAGGCAAUGGCACAUCCAACAUUGAGGGUUAUAGUUCUCAGGGUUUUGGCGGAUAUGCACCGGGAGGCAGCAGCUAUAACACUCGGUUUGGGGCCGCUCAGCAUACCGAAGGAUCUCAAGGGCAUAACGGCAAGCGACGCAGCUCCGGUACGGAGUCGUACUUCAGCCAUACUAUCAGCGGUACGCAGCGAGACCAACGGUGA